UAGAGUGGCCGUAACACGUAAACACGUAGAAAAAAAAACUCGUCAACAGAUAAUUAACUCGUCGCGACGAACAAAGUGCUCUUUUCCCGAGGUUUUCGUGGCGUUCCUUUUCGUUACUCCAGCCAGAUUAGUUGUCCGUUCUAAGUAAAGUUUGUGUCAAUAAAGUGAUAUCAGCAGGAUGAUUCGUCUUGGGCAAUUGAUCGUGCGACGAAGCCAGCAAGUAAAAGGCAUCGAAAUUCGAAGAUGUCUAUCCGCGGCACCGCAGGCCAAGCAGGCCGAAACGCAGCAGGCUGCGUCGCCGGCCGAGGCGGAGAAGCGCCAAAAUCUGUCCUUCCUGACGAACAUCUUCCGCGGUGAGGUGCAACCAGUCCAGGUGUUUCCCUAUCCGGAAGCGCUCGAUGCCGAGCAAAAGGAGUACAUUGCCUCGUUUGUUGAUCCGGUCACCAAGUUCUUCGAUGAGGUGAACGAUCCGAUGAAGAACGAUGCCAAUUCGUCGAUCGACGAAAAGACCACGGAAGCGCUGUGGGAUCUCGGUGCGUUCUCGCUCAUGGUACCGCCCGAGUAUGGUGGACUCGGUCUGAACAACACCCAGUACUCGCGCAUGUGUGACAUUAUCGGUGGUCAAGAUCUGGGCCUGGGCAUUUUCAUCGGAGCACAUCAGAGCAUCGGCUUUAAGGGAAUUUUGUUGUACGGUAACAAGGAGCAGAAGGAAAAGUACCUGCCGUUGGUGUCCACCGGCAAGGUGUACGCUGCAUUUGCACUCACGGAACCGAGUUCCGGCUCUGAUGCGGGAUCCAUCCGCUGUCGUGCGGUGAAGUCGGCCGACGGGAAGCACUAUGUGUUGAAUGGCUCCAAGAUUUGGAUCUCGAACGGAGGCAUUGCGGACAUUAUGACCGUGUUUGCGCAAACCGAGGUAGAAGAUCCGAAGACGGGCCAAAAGAAGGACAAAGUGACGGCGUUCAUCGUGGAGCGAGGUUUCGGUGGAGUGAGCAGUGGCCCACCGGAGAACAAGAUGGGCAUCAAGUGUUCGAACACGGCCGAAGUGUACUUCGAGGAUGUAAAGAUUCCGGUAGAGAACGUGCUGGGGAAGGAGGGCGAUGGCUUUAAGGUGGCGAUGAAUAUCUUGAACAAUGGACGUUUCGGUAUGGCCGCCACACUUUCCGGUACGAUGCGUGCCUGCAUUCAGAAGGCAGCAGAACACGCCACUAACCGGGUGCAGUUUGGACGCAAAAUUGAAACGUACGGUGGCAUUCAGGAGAAACUGGCCAAGAUGGCAAUGCACCAUUACGUGACCCAAUCGAUGGCGUACAUGAUUUCGGGCAACAUGGACACGGGUUCGCUUGACUACCAUCUGGAGGCGGCCAUCUCGAAGGUUUUCGCGUCCGAAUCGGCCUGGUAUGUGUGCGACGAGGCCAUUCAAAUUCUUGGUGGAAUGGGCUUCAUGAAGGACUGUGGUCUCGAGCGAGUGAUGCGCGAUCUACGUAUUUUCCGCAUCUUCGAGGGUACGAACGACAUUUUGCGUCUGUUUGUGGCCCUGACCGGUAUCCAGUACGCCGGUGGACAUCUAAAAGAGCUGCAGAAGGCAUUCAAAAAUCCGGCCACGAACAUGGGUCUCAUCUUUAAGGAAGGAUCGCGCCGCGCUAUUCGUCGCAUCGGGUAUGGCGGUACCGAUCUCACCCCUUACGUGGCCGAACCGCUGAAGGUAUCGGCAAAGCAGUGCUCCGAGUGCAUCGAUCUCUUUGGCCAAACAGUCGAGUCGCUGCUGGUCAAGUAUGGCAAAAAGAUUGUCGAUGAACAGUUCCUACUGAACCGGUUGGCAGAUGCUGCUAUCGAUACGUACGCGAUGGCAGUAGUGCUAUCGCGAGCCACCCGAACCGUCAACAAGAAUCUCCCCUCGGCCGACCAUGAGGUGCUGAUGACCAAGGCGUGGUGUCACGAAGCAAGCGAUCGUGUUCGUGUGAACAUUCGAAAGAUUAACUCCGACUCGUUCGUGAAAAACUACGGUGUUAUGUCGCAGAUCUCAAAGACUAUCUGCGCCAACAACGGUAUCGCGCACAAUAACCCACUUGACAUUGAGUAAAGUACGAGGAGCCUGGGGUAUGUUGCAACAACGACAAAACGACAAGCCUCAGCCAGCGGAGCACGCGAUUUCUAGAUGGUUUUCCUCGUGGAAACUGUCCCCGAUAGUGAGUUCCAAAAGGCAUUCGACAAGACGAGAUGAUAGUACAUAUGCCUCACCUCUCGACCAAGACGAUUCUGAUGUGUUACUCUUUUAGUGACAGGGAAGCAAAGCGGUAAACCGUAAAGAAGUUACCCAUCGAAAAGUGAAGUAACGAUGUAACGUAUGGCCAUCGUAUGUGAGGCACAGACAGGAGUAGUCAAUUUUUUAUGUAAUCUUUUUCCAUCUCGUAGGACAAUUUUUGUUAUAUUUUUUAAACCAUUUAAGCACAUUUUCGUUAGGCAAUCACUUGCAGAAAUAGAUUAUCUAGUUUUUUCAUUAUUGUGAGCAAUUAUACAUGCAACAACCGCUAUUCCACCAGCUGAGUGUGUAAAGAUUGUGAAGGGAUUUAUGUUAUUAUGGGAAUCGAAUCAUUACCACCCAAACCUACAAACCACCUGGACAGCAACUACUAAAGCACUUAAUUUUAAUGAUACCAUGUAUAUAAAACCUCAGAUGCUGCUAAAGAGAGUUAAAAUAGAUAAAUAAUUUCAUAAAAUACCGCUCAAAAUGU